CCUUUUCUUUCCCUUCUGUUUUUCUUUACCAACAACUCAUUUUCAGCUCAAACGCCCAGAUCCAUGUAACAUGUUUGUGUGUAUGUGUUUCUGCUUUUCUAGUGUCUUUGCAUGUCACAGAAAUUUCAUCCAUUGAAGAAAGUUUCGAUUUUUGAAGAGGAGGGAGGUGGAAUCUUGGAGACAGCUAUGAGAUGCUUAUGUGUGGUGUGCUUCUGUGUGUUGGGAGGCUCAAAGGUUCGAUCUUUUCGUGAAAUAGGGUUGGUGUUGGGUUAUUGAAUCAGUUAUUAUGAAGGGUAGUUGGUGGGAUUGGAGGGAUGUUUGGUGGAUUCAAGAAUUGAAGAUAAGAAUAAGUGUUUCUUGAUUUUGUUUGAAAGGGGGAUUUAGUUACCUGUUAUAUUUCAGCUGUAUUUUGUUUGUUAUGCUCUAAGCUUCUUGAUCAAUUAGGUUUUGUAUUUGCAGAAUUUUCUUUAGUAAGAAUCAGGUUAAGGAAUAUUCCCUACUUUUUUGUGAUACUGUUUGAUGUAGGGUAGUUGUUGUUUAGCAAAGCAAGACUCUGGGUUUUAGAAUGUUUGGAUUGUUUCUGAAAAAAGGGUUCUUGAAGAAAGACUGAAGUGUUUUAAGGUGUUUAAUUAGGGGUGGGGAGGGGAGAAUAAGGAUUGAUUCUUCGUUUGUAGUAGUUGAGGUUGUAGUUGUGGAAGAUGGCAAUGUCUUGCAAAGAGAGUAGCAAGGCAGCUGCGGCUGCUGCUGCCGCAGCUGCAGCUAUGGAUAAUGGGAAAUAUGUGCGGUAUACGCCCGAGCAGGUUGAAGCCCUCGAGAGGCUAUACCAUGAUUGUCCAAAACCAAGCUCCAUUCGUCGCCAGCAGCUCAUUCGUGAGUGCCCCAUUUUAUCCCACAUUGAGCCUAAGCAGAUCAAAGUCUGGUUCCAGAACAGAAGAUGCAGAGAGAAGCAAAGAAAAGAAGCGUCAAGGCUGCAAGGUGUAAAUCGGAAGCUGACAGCGAUGAACAAACUGUUGAUGGAGGAAAAUGAUAGGUUGCAGAAGCAAGUAUCACACUUGGUGUAUGAAAACAGUUACUUUCGCCAGCAUACACCGAAUAAUCCACUUUCAACUAAAGACACGAGCUGCGAAUCAGUGGUGACGAGUGGUCAAAAGCACCACUUGACGCCUCAGCAUCCUCCGAGGGAUGCAAGUCCUGCAGGACUUUUGUCCAUUGCAGAAGAAACUUUAGCAGAGUUUCUUUCGAAGGCUACUGGAACUGCCGUUGAGUGGGUCCAAAUGCCUGGAAUGAAGCCUGGUCCGGAUUCCAUUGGAAUCGUUGCUAUUUCUCAUGGUUGCCCUGGCGUGGCAGCACGAGCUUGCGGUCUGGUUGGUCUAGAACCCACCAGAGUUGCAGAAAUCCUGAAGGAUCGACCUUCAUGGUUUCGCGAUUGCCGAGCUGUGGAUGUGGUAAACGUGCUGCCUACUGCCAAUGGUGGAACCAUAGAACUUUUAUACAUGCAGUUGUAUGCACCAACAACUCUCGCGCCUGGUCGCGACUUUUGGUUGUUACGCUUCACCUCUGUCAUGGAUGAUGGCAGUUUGGUGGUUUGUGAGAGGUCUCUCAGCAACACUCAGAAUGGUCCUAGCAUGCCGCCUGUUCAGAAUUUUGUUAGAGCUGAGAUGCUGCCUAGUGGUUACCUAAUCAGACCUUGUGAAGGAGGAGGCUCUAUCAUCCACAUCGUCGAUCAUAUGAAUUUGGAGGCAUGGAGUGUUCCUGAGGUUUUGCGCCCGCUCUAUGAAUCAUCGACUGUGCUUGCUCAAAGGAUCACAACAGCAGCUGUACGCCAUCUUAGGCAGAUAGCUCUCGACAUUUCACAGUCUAGUGUGAACAACUGGGGCAGAAGGCCGGCAGCUCUACGAGCACUUAGCCACCGGUUGAGCAGAGGAUUCAACGAGGCUCUUAAUGGGUUCGGUGACGAGGGAUGGUCUUUGAUAGGCAAUGAUGGCGUGGAUGAUAUCACCAUUCUUGUGAACUCGAAUCCAGAAAAACUGAUGGGGCUGAAUAUCUCUUUCGCAAGCGGAUAUAAUUCCAUUUGCAGCUCCAUCCUGUGUGCCAAAGCCUCUAUGCUUCUUCAGAAUGUGCCUCCUGCAAUACUGCUACGAUUUUUGAGAGAGCAUAGAUCGGAAUGGGCAGACACCAAUAUUGACGCCUACUCAGCUGCUGCCGUUAAAAUUGGUCCUUGUACGUUCUUAGGUCCUCGAGUUGGUAACUACGGAGGCCAAGUUAUACUUCCUUUGGCUCAGACUAUUGAGCACGAAGAGCUGCUCGAGGUGAUUAAACUGGAAGGUAUUGCUCAGACUGCUGAAGAAGCGAUGAUGCCUAGGGACGUACUGCUCUUGCAGCUCUGUUGCGGAAUGGAUGAAAAUGCAGUAGGCUCGUGUUCUGAACUCAUAUUCGCCCCUAUUGAUGCCUCCUUCGCUGAUGAUGCUCCACUGCUGCCGUCUGGCUUUCGCAUCAUUCCCCUUGAUUCGGGCAAGGAAGCUGGCAGUCCAAAUCGAACACUGGACCUUGCUUCGGCUCUGGAAACUGGAGCAGCCGGAAACAAACCAUCCAACGGUCUCUCUAGUAACGGUGGCGCUACAAGGUCCGUCAUGACAAUCGCCUUCCAAUUCGCGUUUGAAAGCCACAUGCAAGAUAACGUCGCGUGCAUGGCGCGGCAAUACGUUCGCAGCAUUAUAUCAUCAGUUCAACGUGUGGCAUUAGCUCUCUCCCCCUCUGGCAUCGGUCCUCAUGCCGGUCUUCGCUCGCCACUUGGUACUCCCGAAGCACACAUCCUCGCGCGUUGGAUCUGCCAAAGCUAUAGGAACUUUAUGGGAGUCGAGCUUCUCAAAACGAACGGUGGAGGGAACGAUUCCAUCCUUAAAGCACUGUGGCACCAUUCGGAUGCUAUCAUGUGCUGCUCUGUGAAGGCAGCAUCAGAUUUCACGUUUGCAAACCAGGCCGGCGUAGACAUGCUGGAGACGACCCUCGUUGCGCUUCAAGACAUCUCUCUGGAGAAAAUACUCGAUGAUCACGGCCGAAAGAACAUCUGCUCCGAGUUCCCACGGAUAAUGAAUCAGGGUUUUGCGACUCUCCCGGGAGGAAUCUGUAUGUCGAGCAUGGGCAGGCCCGUCUCGUACGAGAGAGCAGUCGCGUGGAAAGUUCUGAAUGAUGACGAAGACGCUCAUUGCAUCUGCUUCAUGUUCGUGAACUGGUCGUUUGUUUGAGGUUGCUGGUGUUUAAUUGUGAAAUGGAACAAGAAACUCAGUUGUUUUGAACAUGUUUUGCUUCUGUUUACAGAACUAUUGAUGUCUGUAUUUUGCUUAGAUACUGCUUUUUCCCUUUUGGGUCUAUGCAAUUGUUUAUGGUUGAUGUCUUGUUUGAAAACUUACCUUUUAAGGAAAUGUUUAGACCUCUGUUUGAAGUA